CUUCUCAUCGACCAUGUUGCCCGGAGUCGGGGUGUUUGGCACCAGCCUGACAUCUAGGGUGAUCAUCCCCCUGCUGAAGGAUGAAGGCUUCGCUGUCAAGGCUCUAUGGGGUCGGACCCAGGAGGAGGCUGAAGAGCUGGCCAAGGAAAUGAGUGUCCCUUUCUAUACCAACCGCAUCGACGACGUCUUAUUGCACCAAGAUGUGGAUCUGGUGUGCAUCAACCUACCACCACCUCUCACCAAACAGAUCGCGGUGAAAACCCUGGAAGGCCAGCAUACAGAGGAGCAAGAUAGUAAUGGCCAUGGGAUUGGAAAGAAUGUCAUCUGUGACAGAACUGCAACGCCUCUUGAUGCUUUCCGCAUGAUGUCGGCAGCCCAUUAUUACCCGAAGCUGAUGAGCAUCAUGGGAAAUGUUUUACGAUUUCUCCCUGCUUUUGCAAAGAUGAAACAGCUGAUUCAAGAAGGAUAUGUGGGGGAACUUCAGGUGUGUGAAGUACAGGUUCACAGUGGAAGCCUCUUGGGAAAGAAGUAUAAUUGGAGCUGUGAUGACCUCAUGGGCGGAGGUGGACUGCAUUCUGUGGGUAGCUACAUAAUUGACCUGUUGACGUUCUUGACCAGCCAGAAAGCAGUGAAGGUCCACGGACUUCUGAAGACAUUUGUGAAGCAGACGGACCAUAUAAAAGGAAUACGCCAGAUAACCAGUGAUGACUUUUGUACAUUUCAGAUGGUUCUGGAAGGUGGUGUCUGCUGUACAGUUACUCUAAACUUCAAUGUCCCUGGGGAGUUUAAACAAGACAUUAUAGUUGUUGGAUCAGCUGGUAGACUAAUGGUAUUGGGAACUGACCUCUAUGGACAAAGGAACGCCUCACUGGAGAGAGAAUUACUGUUAAAAGAUUCUACACCUGUCAGCAACUCCCUCUUGCCUGAAAAGGCCUUUAGUGAUAUACCUUCUCCUUACCUGAGAGGGACUAUUAAAAUGGUACAGGCUGUGCGGCAAGCAUUUGAAGACCAGGAAGACAGGAGAACAUGGGAUGGCAGGCCGCUUACAAUGGCAGCUACAUUUGACGACUGUCUGUAUGCUCUGUGUGUAGUGGACACUAUAAAAAAAUCUAACCAGACUGGGGAAUGGCAAAAUAUAGUAAUAAUGACAGAGGAGCCUGAGUUGAGCCCCGCUUACUUAAUAAGUGAAGCUAUGCGCCGGAGCCGCAUGUCUUUGUACUGUUAGCAGCCGUAGGUGACCAAAUCUGGAACCAUUUGUAAAUAACUGCUGAUUUACAGGCGUACAUGUACCAGGUCUUAUGGUACAAGUUCGUGUUAUAAUUUAUGCAUCUCUGUAUAACUGCUGUAGUUGGAAAGGAACUAAACUUUCCAUCGCAGACAAGCUGUGAACAUUUAUCAGAAUGUAUUUUACCAUGGGGUAUUUAGCCACAAAUGCAUAACUUUAUUUGCCUUGGAGCUUGAGAAAUGGCUCCCCACUGCAGAUGUGAUCAUUUUUAAAAGGAUAGUUUUUCUCUUGGAAAAUUUGAAUGUCGGUCUUUUCCAAGCUGCUCAGUCAUCCCUUGUUUCCUGUAUACAGAAAUUCUUAACUAUUAUUUGCAGCAUGAAUGGUGCAUAUGUCCUAAACACAUGGACUGCUAUACCUACAAAGCACAAUGCACAUACAUCUCACUUGAAGUUCCUUGUAAGUAGUAAGCUGUUUAGGAUGUAUACUGCCAUCUGAAAUGUCCACCUGCAGUAUAUAAUAUGCAUUAGUGUUAAUGUGUAAUAUUGGAUGUUAAAGUCAAGCCUAAAGCUUAAAAUACACCUGUGCUAGGGAUUUUAAAGACAAACUCAUAGUCACUGUGUUUAACACACAAACUAAAAUAUCCCUCUACUACAUUUGGCCUUUCAGGCUAGUACUGUUAAAUUGGAUAUAAACCAUAACUCAAAGACAGUUUGCAAAAUCACUGGAUAUA